AUGGGUCUAUUCUCUAAGAAGGCAGAACUUAAUACUCCAAAUACCAAUAAAGAUCAACUUAUUAAAAUUGAUCAAGUGUUUCCAUUAACCAAUAGAUCGCAUCCACCUAAGAGACUGCGUAAAUUGACAGAGGAACAAUUCAGCAAGUACAAUGAGGUUCUUUCUCAUUUUAAAGAUGAAUCGCUUACUUUGCCAAUUUCUACAGAUCCCUCAUCUGAUAAACUUCCUUUAAAUUCUUGGGAAAUGUUUUGGCUUUCUCGAGAAUGCAUAUAUAGAUACUUGAAAGCUCAGAAAUGGAAUGUCGCUAAUGCUAUAAAGGCUCUUACGAACACACUAACAUGGAGAAGAGAAAGUGGCCUUGUUAAAGGUAUAAAUAAGCAAUUAGAUCCAAAUGAAAUUGGAAUCGAAAACGAAACAGGUAAAGAAGUUAUUUUGGGCUACGAUUACAGUGACCGCCCCGUAUUCUACAUGAGAAACGGUAGACAAAAUACUGAAUCCUCCUUUAGACAAGUUCAACAUUUAAUCUUCAUGGCCGAAAGAACCGUCAUGCUAUGCCCACAAGGUGUCGAUUCAAUGAGUGUACUAGUUGAUUUCAAGAAAUAUAAAGGCCCAGGUAUCAUCAGUGACAAAGCACCUCCUGUUUCAAUAGCAAAGGCUUGUUUAGGCGCGUUUGAAAAUCAUUAUCCAGAAAGACUGGGAAGAAUGUUGUUCACUAACAUUCCUUGGUUCAUUUGGGCUUUUAUCAAGUUAAUGUACCCAUUUUUGGAUCCAGAUACAAAAGAGAAGGUCGUUUUCGAUGAACCAUUCGAAAAAUACGUUGAUCCAAAACAAUUAGACUCUCUUUAUAACGGUUUAGUGGACUUCCAAUACAGCCAUAAACUUUACUGGCCAGAUUUUGUCGAAAAGACAGAAGCACUUUACCAAAAACAAUAUGAGAGAUUUGUCAAAUUUGGCGGUGUGAUUGGUCUAAGUGAAUUCGACUUCAAGGGAGACCACGACGAAAUGAUCUACCCUGUUGAUUGUGACAUGACUAAGAUAUAG